GUUUGUCACGUCUUGUGUUGCUCUGCUCAUUCUGGCUUCACACUCUUGCACUCAUUGAUCAGAAUUUGAGCCGCUGCUUUAUGUUUUUUCAUAAUGGCUGCUGUUGAAUUCAUCAAAGACCUUUGUACUCCAGCGCUGGUCAUUGACCUGGAUACAGUGAAAAGAAACGCUGAAGGAAUGCAGGAGCGCUUCCACAGUUUAGGGGUCCAGCUCCGACCGCACAUGAAAACACACAAAACACUGGAAUGUGCGGACAUCAUGACAGGAGGUUCUCGUCGUUGUAUCGUUGUGUCUACUCUAGCUGAGGCGUCAUUCUAUGCUGAUAACGGCUAUGAUGAUAUACUAUACGCAUAUCCUUUGCCAUUUGAUAAAGUGGAGCGCUGUGCUGAGCUGUCUGAGAGACUUUCUCUGUUCCACGUUGUGGUGGACAAUCGCCUCGCUCUACAAGAACUGAAGAAGAGACCUCUGAAGCAGGGGAAAGUCUGGAAGGUGUGGAUGAAGCUGGAUUGUGACAAUGGGAGAGCGGGUGUUCCUCAUUGUGACCCAGCUGCGCUACAGCUUGCCCAGGAGAUCUCGGAGACUUCAGGGGUGGAGCUGACAGGGAUUUACGCCCACUGUGGGAACACCUACGCCUGUCAGGGGGAGGAGCAAAUCAAAGCCGUCGCUCAGGAAACUACUACAAUUACAUUGCAGUUCAUGGAGAAGUUGAAGGCUGCUGGAAUACAAGGUACCAAAUCCAGCAUUGGCUCCACCCCUUCCUGUAGCCACCCAGUCCCAGACAUGGCCAUGCUGAGUGAGGUGCAUCCUGGGAACUAUGUAUUUUAUGACGUGCAGCAGUCCCUCAUCGGGUCCUGUAGACUGGAGGAUGUUGCAGUACGGGUGCUGACACGGGUCAUAGGUCAUUACCCAGCUAGGAACCAGCUACUUGUAGACUGUGGGUGGACAGCACUGAGUCAUGAUGGUGGGGGGGCCUUACCUACAGGAUAUGCCAUCAUCGAAGGACACCCAGAACUCAAACUACUGUCUAUGACUCAGGAACACGGCAGGGUGGAGCCCAUCUCUGGAAAACUGGACUUCAAGCAGUUCCCACUAGGGUCGCUCCUUACACUCAUGCCUUACCAUGCUUGUGCUACGGCUAUGAUGCAUCCAGUUUAUUUUGUCCACUCUAAAGGGAAGAUUAUAGACACCUGGAAACCCACCCGAGGCUGGUAACAAUUUCAAUCAGAGGGACUUCCGUGGACAUCCACGGACUGUGGUUGGAAAUAUUUAGGACUAGUAACAACAGCUGUGGAUUUGCUGUUUGAAUAAGCAGGUGCCUAUUAAGAAACCCACCUUAAGAGCUUCUUUAUCCGGAUUCAAGUGCAUUAUGUUGUGCAGUGCAGUUCUUUCCUUGAGGAGCACUUGUUGUUUAAAAUGUAGCAUUUCAGUGAAACAGCCUUUGUGUAAACUGGAAGGCUCACACAGGACUUAUGACUUAGUCUUCUUUUUUUUUUUUUUAAUUGCAUUUCUCUGCUUUUUUGAACAGUUAAAACUAAUACUCUCUCCAGGCUUAUGAAGGGCUAUGAAAAGACUGUGAUUUCUUCUUUGUUUCUGACUGAAUUUGCAUGGAGUGUUUUGGAAAGAUCUGAAAUUCUGAAUUUCUCCUUUUUACGAAAUGUUAACAACACGUACCUCAGUCUGUAUUAAAAUCAUUUACCACAGUGGCAUUGUUUGAAAAGCAGAAGCUUUUUAAAUGGAUGUUUCAAUCAUGGACACUUUUUGUGCUCAGGACUAAAAAUAACCUCUCCUGUCAGUGCCGAUAGCCUUGUGCUUAGUGGCGACCCGAAUUCGAUUCCCAUCUCGAGGUCCUUUGCCGAUCCCGCUCCCCUCUCUCUGCCCAGUACUUUCAUGUCAUCUCUCUACUGUCCUGUCCAUUAAAGCCACAAAAAAUCUCUCCUACAUUUUUCA